AUGAAAUGCUGGAGACCAUGCUGCCAGAAUGAAGUCAAAGUUUUUUGCAAAUGCGUAAAUCCAGUGGCAUUUUCAUGUGCUAAACAUUUUAUUGAGCAUAUUGAUCUCGAUUCAACUCAUACUCAUCAGCCAAGCACUUUAUACAAAGAGCCUGUUUCUAGUACUAAAAUCGGUCUAAUCAAUGAGCUUAAAAGAUCAUCUGCAGAAUUAACAAACUUCAAGAUCGAAUUAAUUGAAAAAGUGACAAAUAAAAUCCAAAUUCUCCAAAAUUUAUUAACACCCCUCUAUAGGCGAACAAAACCACUGAAAAAAUCCCUAUUUUUGCCCAAAUACCCACUCGAGCGAACAAAAACGUUUUUUUAUAUAAAAAUUGUUUAUGAAAAAAAUUUGAUAUAUAAUUGAUAAUUAGUAUAAUGAAAUUUCUAGCAAAUUCUGUUUAAUUUUAAACAGCUUGCAUUUUAAAACAUAUAUUUUACCAAUUAAAUCAUUGAAUUUUUUAAAUUUUGCAAAAAAUUUUACAUAAAAACUUUUUAAAAAAAAACUAACUUCUCCAAAUUUUUUUUGUUAGUCCACUGAGGGAAGGAGGGAGUAAGUAAAGCAUUAAAAGUAAUAGAAGAAGUCAGCUCAAAUCAAAAAAUGAUUUCAGAAAAGUUAGAGAGUAUUGAAUUAAUUUCAAAAUGUAAUCCAGAUCCCUAUGAAGAAUUGCUGAGUUUGCCAGUUGAUAAAGCCUUGCGAAAUUUGAAGAGCUUCACUUACAGCGCUAAACAUUUGAAUUUUACAGUAGAAGAUGUAUUAGCAGCUAAAUGCGAUCUAAACUUGGGGAUCAGGGUGAUCAGUAAGUGGGAUUCAAAAGAAAUUGUCUUUUUCAAAAGUCAAACAAAAAUUCUUUCCAUUAUUGAUCUUCAAAGCUUCACUUUGACGGAAAAGCUACUACCUGUGGAAGAUAAUGUAUACAGUGCAGGAAUAUCAAUGUGCCGAGUCCCCGGUAGAGGAUUAUUUUGCUAUGGGAAUCACCCAGGGAAAGGAACUGCAUUUAUCUUACACUCUGACUAUUCAAUUGAAAAACUUGAAUCUGGACCUCCAUAUGGAAAUAUGAGCCCUGCACUAUACGAAGAUUCCAUAUAUCUUUUUGGAGGAUGAGAUUCCACUGGCUUACCUUUUAAUAAAGCUAUUAAAUACAAUUUGCAAAACAACAAUUGGUCAGCUCUAACUGCCCACUCAGUUAGCUAGAAAAUACUGUUCGCUCACAGAAGUUUUUUUUUUAUGUAUAUAUAUAUUUAUAGUAAAUUUUUUUGCAAAGUUUAAAAAUAUCCCAAUCCGAAGGAACUGGAAAGCAAAUAUUAAUUUAAUUUGCAAAAUCUAUGUUUUAAAUGCAAUCUGUUUAAAAUUAAUCAAAAUUAGCAAGAGAUUUCAUUAUACUAAUUAUCACUUAUAUUUAAAAAUUUUUGUCCGGAGGGUGGGUUUUACUCCAAAACAUGGAAUUUUCCAAUGGUUUUGCUCGCUCAUGGAGAGGAGGGAAUAAGCGAUUUAAAAGAGGAUUUAUCGUUUGUCUCAAAUAUUGUCACCAAUGAAGGGAUAUUAUUAGUUGGAUACCAGAGCGCCAAACUCUAUAGAUAUGAUAUUGAAUCCGACUCAUACUUUGAGUUGGCUUCCUUUGCUGCAAGUACCUGGAAAAUAUUAUGCAACUCUUCGAACAGAAGUUUUCUUAUCGAAUCUUCUGGAAAUAUAUAUGAAAAUAAUCCAAAAUGCUUGAGUAACUGAAUUGCAAUACAAAAAUUUACAGAUCAGAUAAGUAGAGCUCCAUUAACAUAUUAUGCAACUUAUGAGGAUUCUGCAUAUUUCUUAGAUGAAGCUUGCAAUUUUUUCAGAUUUAACUUCAAUAGCUUGACAUUAAGCAAGGUUAUAACUCAUAAAUAA